CCAUCUCCUGUGGCAGCUGGUAGUGGGGGAAACCGUGGGCGCAGUCCAGCAAGGGUGCCCUCCAACGUCAGUGCAGGCAGCUCUGUGCCAGCAUAUGAGACAUGCAUGGGCUACUACGAUGUGAGCGGGCAGUGGGACAAGGAGUUUGAGUGCAACAAUUCCCAGAAGGAUUUCCGCUACUGUUGCGGCACCUGCUAUUACCGCUUUUGCUGCAACAAGCGCUCUGAGAAGCUGAAUCAGGAUAGGUGCCGGAAUCAGGGCCCGCGCCCCAACACAGAUCUAAUGACCCCUGCCACCAGUAACGAUGGAGCUGGAGGUAUACCCAAUGGGUAUGACCCAAAUGAGGACAACACGAAUGCCACCGUCUACAUUUCAUGUGGUGCCGUUGCCUUUGUUGUCAUUGCAGGCAUUUUUGCCAAGGUGGCCUAUGACAAAGCACGACAGCCACCGCAGGAGAUGAACAUCCACAGGGCUCUGGCCGAUAUCCUCCGGCAGCAGGGACCAAUCCCCAUAGCACACUGUGAAAGAGAGACUAUCUCGGCUAUAGAUACCUCCCCCAAAGACAACACACCAAUCAGAACAUCCUCCAAAAAUCACUAUACGCCGGUGCGCACCUCCAAGAGCAACCCAGGUCACUAUGGAAAGGAUAUUUAUCGAAGCGGAGGUCCAGAUUUCCAUAAUUUCAUCUCCUCUGGGUUUGUCACGUUAGGAAGAGGACACAGCAAGGAAAAGCCACGGAUGAACAGCAUCCUCACCUCUGCCACUGAGCCCUAUGAUCUGUCCUUCUCCAGGUCUUUCCAGAACCUCUCCCACCUCCCACCAUCCUACGAGUCUGCAAUCAAGACUAACCCAAGUAAAUAUUCUUCCCUGAAGAGAUUAACUGACAAGGAAGCUGAGGAGUAUUACUCCAGAAAGAGGCACCUCCCAGACUUGGCGGCCAGAGGGACCCUCCCUCUCAAUGUCAUCCAGCUCUCCCAGAAACAGACCACUCAGAGGGAGCGGCCGCGCCGCGUGAUGCGGGCCAUGUCCCAGGACCGAGUGCUGUCCCCAGAGAGGAUCAUGCCGGAGGAGUUCAGCAUGUCUUACGAGCGGAUCCUCUCUGAUGAACAGCUGCUAUCCACCGAGCGCCUCCACUCCCAAGACCCGCUGCUGUCUCCAGAGCACUCGGGUUUCGGAGAGCAGUCCAUGUCUCGGGCUUUGUCACACUCAGACGUCUUUGUUUCGACGCCUGUCUUGGAUCGCUAUCGGAUGACUAAGAUGCACUCCCAUCCCAGUGCCUCAAAUAACUUGUACAACACCUUGAGUAUGAACCAAACGUCUGCCAAGCGCCAGGCCUUUGCCUCCCGGCGGCACAACACAGUGGAGCAGCUACACUAUAUCCCAGGGCACCACCACCAUUACCGCACAGCCAGCAAGACAGAGGUGACUGUUUGAUCAGAGACACUGUGCAUUGUAGAUAAUCCAUCAAUGGACCGGGGUGGCUUCAGUGCCCUACACUGCAGUGGCCUUAUGGCCAAGAUAACCUCUAACUCUAUGUCUGAAAAGACAGACUCUUCCGACAGUCCUGUCUGUGUUGUUUUGGAAAUUCAUCUACAUGUUAUUGACAUAAAGAGGAAAAAACAAAACCGGAACAGGGAGAGGUGAUGCAGGUAAGGUGUCCUGACGUGCCCAGUUUCUGUCAAGGAAAGCCAUUCAGAUUAUGGCUCCUUUCAAGGGCUUGCCUGCAGCUACUCUCUAGGGUUGCCAGGCUAGGACUUUAAGACAUACUGACAACAAUCUCACACAAAAUUGGCGUAAUAUGGCCAAAUCGACAAACCUUCCAAUCCGGCGUAAGGGGAUUCGGUUGUGAUCUUAGUGCUUGACAGAGGUUUAGUUUUACCAGGACUGUCAGCUGCAGUCAUGGCUGAGGCCGGUUCCAACCAAGGUCCAUUCUCCAAGCCAGAAAGUAAAAACUCCAGUCCACCUAAGCAUGGUUCUUCCAGGUCAUUGGGCAAAUUCCAGUGGCAAGCACUGUUACCCAACUCCUAGACUGAGUGACAAUGCCUGCCACGGUUGGAAAACCACAUUGUUUUACAGGUGACUGUAGAACAGAACUAUUCCAGUGCCUAUAAGAUUGCCAACCUUCAGGGUGGUAGAAGGAGUGAGGUGGAUUUGUUUAUAAGCACAAUUCUGCUGAUAGGUGUUUGCCAGCCCCCCACUUCUUCCAUCCAUCCUCAUGUAUGUAAAUUCCCAACAUGUAAAUAUAUUUUUUAGAAAAGAAAUGGGACAGAAUUGCUUCUCUCUGCAACAAGAGGCACCAACAUUUCGCAUCCAUUUUUACAUCCAGGAUGUGGUUGAAGACAGACAAGUUGCAAGAGAUGUGGAAUAGCUGUAGCCUGAUUGUCAUGCCAUGAAAAGUUGAUCACAGCUCAAUCUAUGCUUGGCUUCUUGCCAGCCUGCAGCUUUCAGCUACCCCUGGGAAAUCUUCAGAAAGGCUAGUUAUUUUACAGGAUUUCUUGGAAAGAUACAGUUUUCAAAAGCUUUUUCUUUUCAUCCCUCCUGCCCAAUAAUAUUUUUGGGCUGCCAGUCUUGCUGCAUCCUAAUCUCAUCCUGCAGGUGCUUGUUCCUCUUGUAUACUAAUUGGGCACAUUGUACAGCCACUGUACAGUGAUAAUUAGACACUGAGUGUCUGUAAACUCUUUCCAAGAAAUAUUUGUAGGUCCAACUUUAGUUGGAAUUUGAAUAUUUGGAACAGAUGUAAAUUCUAAUUGACAUGUACACCCCAUCUCCCUGCCUGGUCCUGACCUCUGUUCCAACAGCUACAUGCAGUGGCUGAGCCUGUGUAAAAACCCUGGACUAUUGGCUCAUUCCACUGCGUACUUGCAUCCCCAUGCUACAAGGUCUUGCUCCAGUUCUGCACAAUGAGAUGUAGAGCUCCUGCAUUAAAUAGGAUCCCACAGAGCUAAACAGUCUAAAUAUGUGCAUUGAACAAUAGUUCCUGACAUUAGUGGCCUUCACUGGGCAGCCUCAGGAAUUUCCCUUCAUGAGCUUUUAUUUUCUCUCUGCAUUUUUUCAGAGAGGCACGCAUUGGAAAAGUGAUAUCCUGUCCCUUUUUACCAAUCACGUUUUGCGUACAGCACCAGCCGAAAGCAACUGCAGAGCUGCUUUUCAUUGGUGUGUUGUGUUUGUAGGCCACAGAUCAGAGCCAUAAGAAACCCUGUACUUUGCUUAACAGAAACUGGGCUGAGAAGGGAAGAAGGCAAAGGUCACGAGCCAUCGUUGCUUAUGUUCUAUUCCUGAGCAACAGGCAUACACUCUGAAGUGUUUGCCACUAGCUGCAAUGCACACAGGUAUGGUCACACAGUAGCGGGAAAGGGAGAGGCAGUUUUCUCCAUAAUUUAUGCUGAGCAUAGUUAUCUUCAAAGAUCUCUGGUGCCCAACCGUAUGGACAAUAAAAGCUGUUGACCUAUGAGAGGGUCUGCUAUAGAACCUCUCCGGAAACAAAAGUCUUGUGUGCCAUCUUGAAUAUGGUGUGUCAAAUACAUAAGGUGUGUCAUUCUGAUUUGCCAUGAUGUAAACCAAUGCACCUGGGUGAAGCAGGCAUCGGAGAGGAGGAAGGAUACAGACCCAAGCAAUGAAAUGCUACAGGUAGACAAGACAGACCUAGUUAUGAGACCUAGUUAUGAGAGCACAGGGGCACAUAUAGUAGUACUGUCAAAUACAUAAGGUGUGUCAUUCUGAUUUGCCAUGAUGUAAACCAAUGCACCACCCAAUGCACCUGGGUGAAGCAGGCAUCGGAGAGGAGGAAGGAUACAGACCCAAGCAAUGAAAUGCUACAGGUAGACAAGACAGACCUAGUUAUGAGAGCACAGGGGCACAUAUAGUAGUACUGAGGGGGACUCUGUUUCCCAAAUGUCACCACAAAUCUGGCCAUCUGUACAUUUCCCAGUAGAAUGGUGUUCUGUUGUCCAAUAUUGUAUGGCUCAUUUUCAGGCCACUUCUUGGCCUGUUCUACUGAAAUAAUAAUCUGCAAAGCACUGUUGGUCUCCUUUCCUGCCUGUUGGGCUGCCUUUAUACAGGAUGCAAGCACUGUGGUUGCUGCUGCAAACUGCAGCUGUAUGACCACGAAUCCACUCAGUUGCCGCAAUGUUAUGGGAAUCGCAUGGCCUCAAACGCUGCAGAAGUGCCCUUUUGUGUGUGGCGCAACCAUGCUGCCUGCAUACUAUACAAAGCAGGCCUUGGCCUCCCAACAGCUCACAUACCCUUCUGAGAUCACCAGUACAGUCCUCUGAAGAAAAUGCAGAGCCCUCGUGUUACCCUAAGUGAGAUCUCCAUGGAGUCACAACUGCCUGCAAUUUGCCUCGAUGGAUUCAGAGAGGUGUUAUAGGAUAGCCCAUUAAAACGAGGGAAGUGAGCGGUUCUGAUUACUUUGGCUCAACUGUUCUCUGAAGUUAGAUGGUUCAGCUAGCAUCCAGUCUCAGAGCCACUUACAUCUGGAUGUAAGGCUGCCUAAUAUCAAGCCCAUUAAAACUAGUGAUUGUUCCUAUGCUGCUUGAGACAGAGGGAGUUGAUGCACUAACCUUGUGAGAAGUGUACAUAAGCCAAGUGUCCUUCAAGUUCUGAGAAUACCAAAUUUUCUACAUAUUGCCUAAGUAAAGCCCCCCCCCCCAUUUAUAUCCCUGCCUUUCCACUAAAGAGGGCAAAACCCACCGUCACACGAGCAAAAGUCAGCCUCUCCUUCCCCUGCACUCUCCCCAAAAUCGGCUUCAGCUAAAGCCAGGAAUCAAACUACACAUGAAAUCCUCUUCCAUUGACCUCAGAAGCAUGUAGGAUCAUACUGCAAAGGAUACUCCUUCAAGUACUCUGGGCUCAGUCCAUUGAGGGCUUUCAAGGUAAUAAGAACCAGACUUUGAAUUUAGGCAAGAAAUGAGUCAUUACUUACUGCCAUUGAAGCAGGACCCACAUGUUCAUUUCAGCAUUUUGCAGCCAUUCAAGUUUUUCCAGGGUUUCUCCAAGUAGCAGCAGGUGUUGCUGUAGGUUUAAUACAAAUAUUAUCAGUUACCUGAAUUUUACAUCCUAACCCUAAGAGAAGGUGUGCUAUUGAACUUUAUAUAUAUAUAUAU